GAAAAAGAAGUUGACACUCACAAAUCCUCUCCUCUCCCAGACCCUGACCGUCUCUCUCUAAAACUUCAGAUUCGUUUCCUUUCAGCUCAUAAAAACCUAUUUCUUUUUCUACAAUUUAAUUUAUAAAGAGAGAAAAAUAAAUAUUAGAUCUAUUCUUACGCCAUUUUUAUCCAAUAGAAAGAUGCAAUCCAGCGGUUCCGACUCACAGCCACAACAAGAGCAGAAUAAACGGCAGCAGCAGCAAGGACAACAACCGCCGCCUCCACCGCAACAACAACAGUGGAUGCCUAUGCAGUACCCGGCGGCGGCUAUGGUAAUGCAGCACAUGCCGCCUCAACAUUAUGGAAUGCCGCCUCCACAACACUACAUGGCUGCUACUGCGUACCAUCAGUACCAGCAUCACCACCAUCUCCCGCAUGUACAGCAGCAUCAGCAGCAGCAAAGAGAAGGAUCCAGUGGAGAUAAUAAAACUAUAUGGAUUGGUGACUUGCAUCACUGGAUGGAUGAAAAUUAUUUACAUACCUGCUUUGCUUCUACUGGCGAGAUUGCUUCUAUCAAGAUUAUUCGCAGUAAGCAGACAGGUUUGUCCGAGGGCUAUGGGUUUGUGGAAUUUUUUACACAUGCCACAGCUGAGAAAGUUCUACAGAACUAUGGUGGCAUUCUGAUGCCUAACACAGAACAGCCUUUCCGCCUCAAUUGGGCAACAUUUAGCACGGGUGACAAGCGAUCAGAUAAUACUCCUGAUCUUUCUAUUUUUGUAGGAGACUUAGCUGCAGAUGUUACUGAUAGUUUAUUGCAAGAAACUUUUGCGAGCAAAUAUCAGUCUGUUAAAUCUGCAAAAGUUGUAUUUGAUGCCAAUACUGGUCGUUCAAAAGGUUAUGGUUUUGUGAGGUUUGGAGAUGAUACUGAAAGAACACAGGCAAUGACUGAAAUGAAUGGUGUAUAUUGUUCGAGCAGGCCUAUGCGUAUUGGUGCUGCAACCCCCAGGAAGUCCUCUGGAUAUCAGCAACAAGGCGGAUAUGGAUCAAAUGGUGCUUCUUCCAAAGGCUUCCAAUCGGAUGGCGAUUCCAUCAAUGCAACAAUAUUUGUUGGAGGGCUUGACCCUAAUGUCACUGAUGAAGAUCUCAAGCAGCCUUUCUCUCAGUAUGGUGAGAUAGUGUCCGUUAAAAUACCAGUCAGUAAAGGAUGUGGGUUUGUACAAUUUGCCAACAGGAAUAAUGCGGAAGAAGCAUUGCAGAAGUUGAAUGGAACAGUAAUUGGCAAGCAAACUGUGCGUCUUUCUUGGGGUCGCAAUCCAGGAAAUAAGCAGCAUAGAGCAGAUUUCAGCAGUCCCUGGAAUGGGGCAUACUAUGGAGGGCAGGUUUAUGAUGGUUAUGGAUAUGCUCUGCCACCACCUCAUGAUCCAAGCACGUAUGCUGCGGCAUAUGGGGCUUACCCUAUGUAUGGCAACCACCAACAGCAAGUAAGCUGAGUGAAUUGUACCCCGAAAGAGCAUGAUGUAGCUCUGGUAAUCAGUAUUAAUCAUGCUAGAAGGGGAAAUUCGUUUCAUUUCUCUUCAAUUCCACCGGUUCUGUAAAAUUCUUAUAAAUCUCUACAAUUUGUGGAGUGGAACUGAAUUUUGAUGACUUGAGGUAGCUUUAUAGGGAUUUAAUUUAUCAUUUGUUUAGGAUUAUAGUAGUUGAAGAAAAACUUUAUCAAUUGGAAUAGAUUGUUUUGCAGUAUGCUGUCUGAAUAAAGUUGUGCCCCAGAGCGUGAGUCUGCCAAA